AUGACCAAUUCGUUUUCCGGCUGGGGCAGCGGCUUUGUGGGCGUACUUAUUUUCAGUGGUUCGCUGCCCGCGACACGUGUUGCCGUCGGAUCGCUCGAUCCGAUGUUUCUGACGUCGGUACGCGCUGUGCUCGCCGCUCUGCUUGGUGGUGCGAUCCUUCUGGUCCUGCGGCAGUCAAAACCGGACCGCGCCGAUCUUCCGUCUCUGAUCAUUGUCGCAGCCGGGGUCGUGAUCGGCUUUCCACUCUUGACGGCCUCGGCGCUUCAGCACAUCACGGCGGCUCACUCGGUUGUCUUUAUCGGAUUGUUGCCGCUGGCGACGGGAGCCUUCGGGGUCCUGCGCGGCGACAAACGGCCCAGGCCCCUGUUCUGGCUGUUUUCGGUUCUUGGCAGCUUGGCGGUUGCCGGUUUCGCCCUGAACCAGAACGCAGACGUCUCGCUCCUCGGCGAUGCCCUGAUGCUCGCGGCCGUUGUCGUUUGCGGACUCGGCUAUGCGGAAGGCGCAAUGCUGUCUCGCCGGCUUGGAGGGUGGCAGGUAAUCUGCUGGGCCCUGGUCCUGGCUCUGCCGCUGAUGGCGGCACUGGCACUUGUCUUCUGGCCGGAGACCUUGUCCGGAUUGCCGGUAACUGUCUGGAUCAGCGUCGGAUACGUAUCCAUGUUUUCCAUGCUGAUCGGCUUUUUUUUCUGGUAUCGGGGUCUCGCUCUCGGGGGCACGGCAGGGGUCGGGCAACUGCAACUCCUGCAACCAUUCUUCGGCCUGAUCCUGUCCGCGCUGUUGCUGUCGGAGCCGACGCCGCCACUGAUGAUUGCAGUGACGGUGUUCGUUGUCCUUUGCGUCGCCGGGGCAAAACGUUUUACCUGA